AUAGGAUGAUCAGGUCGUCUGGAGAGACGAGGCGAGGAGGCCGUAAUGGAAGCAUGCAUGCACACCACCCCCCGGUUCACCUGAAGAUAUGCGCCGCGCGGGAACUCUGCCGAUUUCGUUGACUGCAUGCGACAGCCCUGUCAGUCCGUUUCGCCCAUGUCAGCUAUUGCUGCCGGUCAGACUCCAAGCGUUUGAACGCGUGCGGGAGGUUCAGUGCCCAACGUUGGUGACUCUAGCUUCGCAAACAUUACCAUCGUCAGGAAGACUUGUCCAGGGCGUAACGGCCAUGUGCCACGGUCGUCAGGAAGACUUGUUCAGGGCGCAAUGGCCAUAUGCCACAUGGUCAAGUGCUCGACUCCGGUGCCCCACCUGUUCGUGUUCAUCGAGUUGAUGCUUCGUAGCCCUACCGAGGUGCGUGUUGCGCUGUGAACUGGGCCCAGUGAGCGAUUGCGGGCCUUGUUCUUUCAGGGAUCCAAGCAUCUUAUUCU